CCCUAAACCCUAAACAAGAAAGAAACAGCUGCUUCUAGACUCUUCUUCUGUCCCUUCUCUGUCUGGUUUUAAAAGGACAAGCCCUCGAUCCUUCUAUUGUCUUUUGUCUUAGCUCUCUCAUUUUCUUUAUCUGUCACUUUUUCAAGCUUUCCUCUUCUCUUUUAUUUCCUCCCAAACAAAACCCAUGUAUCGUUUCGCUUCAAGCCUCGCUUCUAAGGCCAGGAUUGCUAGGAACACUACACAUCAGAUUGGUAGUAGGUUGAGUUGGAAUAGGAACUAUGCAGCAAAAGAUAUAAAAUUUGGGGUUGAAGCUCGAGCUUUGAUGCUUAAAGGUGUUGAAGAGCUUGCUGAUGCUGUUAAAGUCACCAUGGGUCCUAAGGGACGGAAUGUGGUUAUUGAGCAAAGCUAUGGUGCUCCAAAAGUGACUAAAGAUGGUGUAACUGUAGCAAAGAGCAUUGAAUUCAAGGAUAAAGUCAAGAAUGUUGGAGCUAGUCUUGUGAAACAAGUUGCAAAUGCCACCAAUGAUGUAGCUGGCGAUGGGACAACAUGUGCAACAUUGCUUACAGAAGCAAUAUUUACAGAAGGAUGCAAGUCAGUUGCUGCAGGAAUGAAUGCAAUGGACCUAAGGCGUGGCAUAACAAUGGCAGUUGAUGCUGUUGUAACAAACUUGAAAAGCCGGGCACGGAUGAUUAGCACAUCUGAAGAAAUAGCUCAGGUUGGAACAAUAUCAGCUAAUGGAGAGAGGGAAAUUGGUGAGUUAAUUGCAAAAGCCAUGGAGAAGGUUGGCAAAGAAGGGGUGAUCACAAUUCAGGAUGGGAAAACAUUAUUUAAUGAGUUAGAAGUUGUUGAGGGCAUGAAACUUGACAGGGGCUACAUAUCCCCAUAUUUCAUCACCAAUACGAAAAACCAAAAAUGUGAAUUGGAUAAUCCUCUUAUCCUGAUCCAUGAGAAGAAAAUAUCUAGCUUAAAUGCUGUGGUGAAAGUACUAGAGUUAGCUUUAAAGAGACAAAGACCGUUGUUGAUUGUAGCUGAAGAUGUAGAGAGUGAAGCUCUUGCAACACUCAUUCUUAACAAGCUUCGUGCUGGAAUCAAGGUCUGUGCCAUCAAAGCCCCUGGUUUUGGAGAGAACAGGAAGGCUAGUCUGCAAGAUCUUGCUGUCCUCACAGGAGGAGAGGUUAUAACUGAAGAACUUGGCAUGAACCUUGAAAAGGUGGAUCUGGACAUGUUUGGCACUUGCAAAAAAGUUACUGUCUCAAAGGAUGACACUGUUGUUCUUGAUGGGGAUGGUGACAAGAAAGCCAUUGAAGAAAGAUGCGAACAGAUUAGGUCAGCAAUUGAAUUGAGCACUUCUGAUUAUGAUAAGGAGAAGUUGCAAGAAAGAUUGGCAAAGCUUUCUGGUGGCGUGGCUGUCUUGAAGAUUGGAGGAGCUAGUGAAGCUGAAGUUGGUGAGAAGAAGGAUAGAGUUACAGAUGCAUUAAAUGCCACAAAGGCAGCUGUAGAAGAGGGUAUUGUGCCAGGUGGUGGUGUUGCUCUUCUGUAUGCAUCGAAAAAGUUGGACGAGCUACCUACAGCCAACUUUGACCAGAAGAUUGGUGUUCAAAUUAUACAGAACGCUCUAAAGACACCUGUGUACACAAUUGCUUCAAAUGCAGGAGCGGAAGGAGCUGUUGUUGUUGGUAAGCUGCUGGAGCAGGAUAACCCUGAUCUUGGGUAUGAUGCUGCCAAAGGUGAAUACGUUGAUAUGGUAAAGACUGGUAUUAUUGAUCCGUUGAAGGUAAUUAGAACUGCUUUGGUUGAUGCUGCAAGUGUGUCAUCAUUGAUGACAACAACUGAAGCUAUUGUCGUUGAACUUCCUAAGGAUGAGAAGGAUGUUCCAGCAAUGCCUGGCGGCAUGGAUUAUUAAGGUUAUUUACUAACAACACACCAAUCGAAAUUGCUUCGAUCUAAUCUUUGUUUUUUCUCCUUCCCUACGUCUCAUAAAGAAAAGAAUAUCGGAGAUUGUAGUUGUUUGUCUUUCGAUGUUUCAGUUGGAAGGCAAUUUGUAGGUAGUUUUGUUUAUCAAGGUCAAAACUGUCUCAUUGUUGUUGCUAGGAAGAAUCGGUUUAUUUGGAACCGUCUUUUGUGGAAAUAAAAAUCAUAAAAAAAAAA